GGAGGGGGCUCUUUAGGUGUGAAAAUCGUAAAUAAAACAUAAUUUACUAGAAGUGUCACUUAUGAUAGAUAGGCUAAGAUGAACGUACACAUCUAGAAAAUAUGGAGAAUACGUCGCAGUCAAGUUCAGGCCCAUAUAGGGCCACAAAAUUGUGGAAUGAGGUCCUUCAUGCCUUCAGAGACAACAUGCCAAUUGGACGUCACAGGCGGAACAUGAGGACUUAUGAACAUUGCUUUGUUGCAUCUGAUUCUGUUGACUGGCUUCAUGAAUAUCUCAAAAGAAAUUCGAACUUUGGGGCUGGUGUUUCAAGAUACCAGACUGCUCAGUUGUUGCAGAAGUUUCAUAAAGGUCAAGUUUUUGUUGAUGUUCGUGGCAGCAAACACAAGGAACAGUUUCAAGACAAUGGCAGACUUUAUAGAUUCGUACCAAAAUCUCCAGUCAAAAAUAACCGUACCCCGCUGAAAAGGAAGAAAAAUCUUGGGAACCAGACACCUGUUCACCGGCCAUUGAAACUCGACUUCACAGAUGUGGUAAAGCCAGUUGAAUGUCGACGAGAGGCAGAAUUACCAAAGUGUCAUCUGGUAGCAAAGCAGUUGACGACAGAGGAAAUUGAAAAUGUAUUCAGAACUGCCACCCUUGCCAAGUUACGGAGAUUGCUUGGUGUACACAGUCUGGAUGAAAUCAUAGAAAUGCCAAAAGUGAAAGGCCAACAUGUUCGUCACAACCUGACGCACCUUAAUAAGACUGGAGUUGUGACGAAUAUAAUCAAAGAGGAACAGUUGCCGCACUGGAUUCUGUCGGCUAUGAGAUGUCUUGCAUAUUGGCCUGACCAAGGUGAGGACAACUUCAGUCAGCGCUACCCAGGUUUUGAACGAGACGUCUUCCGCGCUGUGAAGGAACACUUCCAGUCCUUGGAUGAGCCACUGCUAACCUAUGACAACUAUGAACUCUUCGUGAAUGUUUUAUUGCACAUUGAAAACCCUGACCCAAGACGCUCGACACCACAAGGGAACAGUACCUAUGGAUUCUCGCCUAUGAGUCAGGAAUCCUUUGUGUCCGUGGAAAAUCUUGUCCUCAGCAUGGCUUCGCCUGCCUCACAGCAGCUAAAGCUUUCUCAAUGGAAUGUAUCUCAAAUCAACUCUAGCAUGGAAAACUUUGAAUUCUUGCCCCCUGCAAGGCCAAUGACAUCUUCUCAACCGAAUCUCUUGGACAGUACAUUUGUUAGCGAGGAUAGUGCAUGCCCUAAUCGUUAUUCUAGUACCUUCUAUGAUAACUUUGCAUUUGAGCGGACGGAUAGCGACCGGAGUCAAAAUGGAAACCUCCAGAGGCAUUACUCUUCAAAUAAUCUGAACGAUGCGGAGAACUAUCUGCAGAACAUGACAAUGCGAAGUAGAAAACAGUCCAAUGGGAGUUUGUGUAGUGAACAGAGUGGUACGAGCACUGUUAGUGGGCGAAGUGGUCGCAGUGGAGUCAGUCACAUGAGUGGUCGCAGUGGUGUCAGUCACAUAAGUGGUCGCAGUGCCUACAGCACAUCCACAGCUUACAGCACACGCAGCGGAAUGAACGCAGCCACGACACGUGCUGAUCCUGGCUAUUCUCACGUAAGAUUAGCGCGGACACCUAACGCUAAAAUGGUCGCCAGUGACCUCAAUCGGUCGUGUUCAUACCCCAAUCAUGAGAAGUAUCGGGAGCCCCCGCCGCAGUACAGGAACCCACCGCCUUAUGGCAGCAUCCACAGGAAAGCCUCCAUUCAAACACUCAAUGGUAACCAGUCAGCCUCGGAGCGCACACCAGUGAAUCUCAAUUCUCGGCGUUAUGUGCGACGUCGGAUGACACGCUCUGUCUAUUCAGCCCUUUGGGACCAUUCAUCAAGUGUAUUCAGCGAGACCCAUGAAAACAAGUUGAUCAGUGCGCUCCAGAUCUGUUGUCUUCUGCUUCCACCUGGCAACAGACGUAAGCUUCAUCUUCUGCUGCGUCUCAUGAACAAGAUGGUCAACAACACAGAACUCCAUCUCGAUGACGAUCUGCCAAUUCGCACUCAGGUUCUGCAGACGUUCUGCCGUUGUAUUAUUGUCAGUGCCAUGGAGGGAGAGUUUGACGAGCAGACGUCACUAUGCCUGACUGCCUUCAUGAUGGACAACUAUGAUAGGAUCAUGGUUGUGCCACAAGAUCUCAAGGAGCACAUCGAGACAAGAUUGGCGGAGAUGCAGCGAGCUCAGGUGAAGUACGUUGAAGAUCCGGUGAUGGUUACGUUUUGCAAGCGAUUAACCCAAGAAGAAUAUGAACAAGAGACAUUGUCAAACUCGGAGCUGGCGAUUGCAGAUCUACUGGAAGCGAUUGUCAAAAAUGAAAAGAUGGCAUUCAAAGAGAAGAAGAAGAAAUUGAAACAGUUUCAGAAGGAGUAUCCCAAAAUCUACCAGAGGAAGUUCCCAAAUGCUGAGAGUGAGGCGGCCGUGAUCCCAGCCAAGUCCAAAUCUCGGACUCCGUUACUUAGCAAGUUGAAGACGAUGCGUCUGUAGCAUGGUUCAUAUGACAUUUUUCCAGCAUGCAUAAUGGAAUACGCUUGUUGAUUAGGUUAAAUGCCAAGACCCAGAAGUGCAGCAGGGGUUGGCUGUACUUUUGGAAAUUGUGGUGUUUUCCUCGCAAUCAUGUCAGAUCAGAAUAUUAUGUCAUUCAGGUGCUUUGUGAAAAUGGGAUGCAAUAUUAUAUGUAUACUUCUUAUGUUAAUAGAUUGGUGUCCUUUUCCAUCAGGUGUUUGGUUAAAAUCACCCUGGCUAGGCCUAAAACUAAUAGGAAUUUACUCAAAAUCAAGAAAUGUCAUACACCAAUACACACGGUGUAGACGCUGGUGUAGAUUUGUCCCCACCCCUCAACUAUUCCCCAGUGUGUUAGACCAACCCUAAUUGCCCAGCAACAUUAGUAGAGUUUGACCUAACAGCUUGGUGUCAAUAAUGUGGCCAUAAGGGCUCAGCAUGAAGUCAAGUUUGAAUUUGUUAUUGACAUUAGAUCAAGUGGACUAAUAUAGUGAGAUGAAUGCUUGAGUAGGCCUUAUAUGUUUUCUGUCUAAGGCCUAGGUAGUUGUCUAAAAGGAGGCAACUGGAAGUGUGAGUUGAUAACUGUUGGAAGUGCUGCAGUUUUGUUUUAAUUGCAAUGGCUGACCAAAAAAAAUCAUUCCUUGUGAAAAAACUUCAUGGCUGAAUUCAAAGGAACCUGUCUAGCCAAGUGGAACACAAAAGUUUGUAAACAAAUUGAUGACAGUACUUCCUAAAAACAUGAGUUUACUUGUCUUAAAGUUGUUUGUUUUGACAUCGAAAUUGUUCAAAAUAUGUUUUUAGGUGUGAUUUCAGUUUUAACCUCCAUGACAAUAUCAUUUUAAUUGCACAAUUUUGAGAUUCAGACUUUUUUAGAGAAUUUGUUUAGCAUGUCGAAAUUUUAGUGGUGUAAAAUUUGCGUAAGAUUUUACUGUUAUAUAUUUUGAGUUCUCAUAGUGUUAUGAUAAUUAGUAAAAGGAUGCUAAGAUAGUACUUUCAACUUGUAAAAGUUUGCAAUGUUAGUGUUAGGUUGGUUUUAAAUUCAUUAAUCAGAAUUCUGCAGCUCCAUUUUAAUGUACAUACUUGUUGCCAUUCAUGUACCGGUAUUUGAUGGAAAAUUGUUGAAGAUUUUGAAAUCGGUGUAAUCAGGAGUUGUGGAACAGUUCAUUUCCAACAAAAGGCUGCAUGUAACAGUCCAUCUGUCAGCCUGAAUGUGGGGCAGUUACAAAUUAGGAAUGUUCUACAAGUGUACUUUUAGAGAUAUAUCUACCUUCUAAAAGCAUAGAUAGUGGUAUUCAUAUAAAUUUGCAUGUUUAGUGUACAUCUAGAUCUAAAUUAUGUAUAUGUGCUUCUGCUGAUUCUUGCAAAUAUUAUUUACCAUAGGUUGAGGAGAACGUAGAUCUGUCCAGUAGAAAUUGUGUAGAAACAUGAAACUAACAAAUGAGAUGUAAAGAGUUAUCUGAGCUGUCCAUCUCGGGCUGAUCACGAAGAGGUUACAACAUCAGACCAAUAUAACCCAUUGACCAUAUCUUGCUCAGGGGAUAUCUCUAUACUGCCGCAUUGGUUCUUGAGGUACAACUCAGAUUAAUCUUUAUAAUGUAUCGAUGAAGAUAAUAUUUACUUGUAUUUGGUACCUGAAUGUUUAUGUGCAUGAAAAUGAAUCAAUCUUUACAUGUAAUAUGUUUAUAUACUAGUAUGAA